CUCUGUGAGGACAAAGGACGAGAGGUUGAGCGGGUGUUUUCAGUUUCCGGUGAUGCUGCCAUGUUAACAUCCACCCUGGUGGACCUCAAUAUGUCUGACUACCGCAGCAUCCCCUAUAACAUCUCAUGGUAUGACCCAAGGACUGGGAGAGAGCUGACCAGGGAGACAAGAAAGACUCUGCCGCGGGGAAAGACACUGUGGAUUUUUAACAUCGCGAUGGAGGAUGCUGGAAACUAUGAGUGUGUUGUGAGGUAGGGGCAAUACUUUUGUCUGCUGUGUGUGUGUGUGUGUGUGUGUGUGUGUGUGUGUGUGUGUGUGUGUGUGUGUGUGUGUGUGUGUGUGUGCUGUAAAUCUUUUCUGUUACCUUUGAUAAACAGACUACCCUCCCAGUGCUAUAAGAAACCGGCCUUACUGAUUGUGAACCACACCAACCCAGAAGAAUGCGGUCGACCAGAAAAGGCCCACCAGGUCCUGACCAACAAAGCCACCGGUUUUCUGAACUGCCCAUUGAGUGACCAUAUCAGGGAAGUGGACAAUUACUCCAUUCAGUGGUACAAGGUGAGUCCUAUGGGGUAAACAGACAGUGCAGUGCAAUGGGAGAGUGUUGAGAGGGAACGCCUGACAGCAGGGGUGGACUGGCCAUGCCGGAUGGGCUGGUACAUAUUUAGCCCAAUGGGAUUGUCAUUUAUUUACAUUAUUUUUACAUAAUUAUAAUUAUCUGGCUAAUAACCAAAUUAGUUCACCCAAAGUUCACCCAAAUUACAAUGACAUUGGUUUCCUUACCCUGUAGGCCAGUCUAUGGACAAGGUAUAACAACAACGUGCUUUGGUUUGGUUUCCCUUGCACUGUUGUCACAUGGAAGCAUUUUGGCAUUUGUGGCACAAAUCUCAUUCAAGUCAUUUGACCGAUAUUGGCAUUUGUCGCGCAUCAGUAUGAAACAUUUAUGCACUCACUAACUGUAAGUCGCUCUGGAUAAGAGCGUCUGCUAAAUGACUAAAACGUAAAAUGUAAUCAUGUUCAAAUCAAUUUGAGAUACAUUUGGACAUGAUGUAGUCCCCUGUAGCUCAGUUGGUAGAGCAUGGCGCUUGCAACGCCAGGGUUGUGGGUUCGUUUCCCACGGGGGGCCAGUAUGAAAAUGUAUGCACUCACUAACUGUAAGUCACUCUGGAUAAGAGCAUCUGCUAAAUGACUAAAAUGUAAAAAAUUUAAAUGUAAUAACGGGGUCCACAGUGACAAAAAUGGGCCUUUUGGGGGCCUCAAGGAAAGAAAAUGGGCCAAUGUCGGGUCCUCAAGGGAAAAAUGGUCUGGUGUGUCAGAAAUGCCAUGGCGGAUUUCUGGUCCCAGUCUGCCCCUGCCUGACAGUGCUGGAAAGCCUGUUUGAACUCUUUCUUUUCAGUCAUUCAGUCUGUCUCUAUGUAUUCUUAAUUUGUGUUUAAAACUAUAGGAAUGUGGGGUUAUUACUACUAGUGACUACAUUUGAACAAUGUUCCAUCAGAUACGGUAUAUACUCUUGACAUUGUUCAUUGCUCUCACACAUUGUACUGCAUUGAAUAGUUCUGAGAGUAGGUAUUCUAAGGUAAGACAUUAUCACAACUUAUCUGUAAUUGUGUAUUCAUUUUGUUUUAUUAGCCAUAUUCCAUUACUAUGAUAUUCCAUUCCAUUACCACUACCUUUCAGUGUGGAUUUCUACUUUAAACCUUUCAGGGCUGUGAACCCAUUGUGAAAGAUGACCCAUUGUGGAACAGGUUUAGCUAUGUCAAUAACAGUGUUACGGAGUUACUCCGAGAAGAAGCGGUCAUUCCUGAGGACCAUGCGUUCUACACCUGCACCAUGACCUUUAACUUGGAAGGGCUCAGCGGCAGGAUCUCAGAGACCAUCAACGGUAUGGUGGACGGUGAGUUUUGUUGGCACAGCUCAUAAAGGUUGUCCCUAACCACAGAUUAUUACCAUAUACCCCCAAUCCUUACCACAGCCAUUACAGAGAUACAGUGCCUUCAGAAAGUAUUCACACCCGUUGACUUUCUCCACAUCUUGUUGUGUUACAUAGUGGGAUUAAAAGGGAUUUAAUAGUCAUUUUUUGUUAACAAUCUACACAAAAUACCCUGUAAUGUCAAAGUGUAAGAAAAAGUCUAACAUUAAAAAAAGAAAAAAAUAGAAAAAUAGAACACUAAUAUAUCUGAUUACAUAAGUAUUCAACUCCCUGAGUCAAUAUAUGUUAGAAUCACCUUUGGCAGAGAUUACAGCUGUGAGUAUUUCUGGGUAAGUGUCUAAGAGCUUUCCACACCUGGAUUGUGCAACAUUUCCCCAUUAUUCUUUUCAAAAUUCUUCAAGGUCUGUCAAGUUGGUUGUUGAUCAUUGCUAGACAACCAUUUUCAGGUCUUGCCAUAGAUUUUCAAGCAGAUUUAAGUCUAAACUGUAACUCGGCCACUCAGGAACAUUCACUGUAUUCUUCGUAAGCAACUUCAGUGUAGAUUUGGCCUUGUGUUUAAGGUUAUUGACCUGCUGAAUGGUGAAUUCAUCUCCCAGUACCUGGUGGAAAGCAGACGGAACCAGGUUUUCCUCCCUGGUCUUCGUUGUUGAAUCUGUGUUUGAAAUUCACUGCUUGACUUAGGGACCUUACAUAUAAUUGUACUGUAUGUGUGGGGUACAGACAUGAGGUAGUCAUUCAAAAAUCAUUUGAAACACUGUUAUUGCACACAGAGUGUCACGAUCGUCAAAAGGAGCGGACCAAGGUGCAGCGUGGAAUGCGAACAUACUUUAUUUAUAUUCACCACACGAACAAAAACAACAAAACGAUACGUGAAGUCCUUGGUAACAAACACAAACCAACACGGAACAAGAUCCCACAAAACACAACUGCCAAACGUCUGCCUAAGUAUGGGUCCCAAUCAGAGACAACAAGCAACAGCUGAUUCUCGUUGCCUCUGAUUGAGAACCACCCCGGCCAUCACAGAAACACAUGAACUAGAUACUGAAAUAAUGAACACAAAACAUAGACUCUACACACCCUGGCUCAACAUAAAAGAGUCCCUAGAGCCAGGGCGUGACAGUACCCCCCCCCCCCCCCCUGACUUGGUGCGGGGAGCAGGAACGGGCCGGACCGGGCUGAAGACGCGCACCCCUGGCUUGGUGCGGGGAGCAGGAACGGGCCGGGCCGGGCUGACGAAGCGCACCACUGACUUGGUGCGGGGAGCAGGAAUGGGCCGGGCCGGGCUGGCGACGCGCACCAUAGGCUUGGUGCGGGGAGCAGGAACAGGUCGGACCGGGCUGGCGACGCGCACCAUAGGCUUAGUGCGAGGGGCAGGAACAGGCCGGGCCGGGCUGGCAACGCGCACCAUUGGCUUGGUGCGGGGAGCAGGAACGGGCCGGGCCGGGCUGACGACGCGCACCACUGACUUGGUGCGGGGAGCAGGAAUGGGCCGGGCCGGGCUGGCGACACGCACCACAGUCUUGGUACGAGGGGCAGGAACAGGCCGGACCGGGCUGUGGAGACGGACUGGAGGUCUGGAACGAAGAGCUGACACAACCCGUCCUGGCUGAAUGCCUAUCUUAACACACUCUGUGUGAGGCAUCAGCACAGGACGUACAGGGCUGUGUACACGUACUGGCACAACAGCACGUGACACUGGCGCAGGAUAUCCGGGACCGAGGAGUGGUACUGGAGGCCACGAGCGUUGAGCCGGCACACUCCGUCCUGGCUGCAUGCCCACCUUAGCACGACACGUGCGUGGUGCUCGCACAGGACGUACCGGACUGUACGCAGCUCCGCAUAUCUCGGAACCUGCCCAGUCUCACGCUGCCUAGCCUGAGUACGGGGAGUUGGCUCUGCUCUACCUCUAGGCUCCGCCAACCUCCCUUCCGGCCCCCCAAACCCGGUGGCCUACUCUCCUAAUCCCCAACCUCGCCCUGUAGCUGCCUCCAGCAGCUCCGUUGUCCAUGCCGUGUGCCCCCCCCUAAAAAUGUAUUGGGGUUGCCUCUUGCGUGUCCGACGUCGGCCCGGUUGGCGCCGCUGCUACUCUCUACGGCGCGCCUCCACCGUCUCCUCCCACGGACGGCGAUCCAUACCGGCCUGGAUCUCCUCCCAAGUCCAGGACCCUUUCCCGUCCAAUAUCUCCUCCCAAGUCCAGGCUGUCUGCUCCUGGACACGCUGCUUGGUCCUGUUAUGGUGGGAUUUUCUGUCACGAUCGUCAAAAGGAGCGGACCAAGGCGCAGCGUGGAAGGCAAUCAUACUUUAUUUAUAUUCACCACACGAACAAAAACAACAAAACGAUACGUGAAGUCCUUGGUAACAAACACAAACCAACACGGAACAAGAUCCCACAAAACACAACUGCCAAACGUCUGCCUAAGUAUGGGUCCCAAUCAGAGACAACAAGCAACAGCUGAUUCUCGUUGCCUCUGAUUGAGAACCACCCCGGCCAACACAGAAACACAUGAACUAGAUACUGAAACAAUGAACACAAAACAUAGACUCUACACACCCUGGCUCAACAUAAAAGAGUCCCUAGAGCCAGGGCGUGACACAGAGUGAGUCCAUGCAACUUAUAAUGUGACUUGUUACAGUUUUUCUCAGUCGCUUUGGUGCAUUUUUCACAUCAUCCCUAACAUGUGCAAAAUAAUAAGUGCAUUUCUCAGAACAAUUUGUACAAACUGCAAUAUACAAUAGAUAUGUUUCUAAAGCUAGUCAGUCACUAAAAAUCCUUAGUACAUCUCUCAAAAGUAAAUAUUCAUGCCAAUGAUCAUGUCAGUGUCAUCAGAAUGAUAAGUCAUUGAGUCAUUGUUCACGAACAAGGUUGUCAAAAUGUUUAGGCAUGUUGUCAAUGGAACUGUGUACUUUGACAGUAUUACCUGAUGUAAACUUAGGCUACAGUUUGGAUGACAGUUACUGUAUUGAAAAUGCACAAGGCUGCACUUCUAUGGCAUAUAUCAAUUUCAACAGUACUAUUUACAUAUUACUGUAUGUGGGUUAUUGAUUGAAAGAGACUGGACAACCCAAGGGGCACAAAGGAAAAAAAACUAAAUUAGAAAGAAACACAGGAAACCACCCCUAAGGCACAACUUUGCCCACAGCACUGUUCUAGUGCUGUCUCUACACAUCCAGACGUUCCUGUCUGUCAGCCCACAUAUUCUCAUCCACAUCACACCGGAUAUUUUCCCUUCCAAUGCAACGUGGAAAGAAUCUUUUGGAAUGCCUUAUCCAUCCUCUGCAGGCGUCUACUGUGGUGUCCUCACAUGCUGCAUCCAUUGCAGCCAGCAGGGUCAUCUGUGUGUGUGGCUGACGAUCGUACACCUUCCACCUCCAUGCUGAAAAGAACUCCUCAAUUGGGUUAAGGAAUGGUGAAUAAGGUGGGAGGAAUUCUAUGAGCAUCCUCGGGUGGGUCACAAACCAUUGCCUUAUGAUGUUUGAUCGAUGGAAACUCACAUUAUCACAAAUGACCACAUACUUUGGCAAAUCCUCUCUAAACAGACCCCUCUCAUCAUCAGGGAUGAGAGCCCUGUAGAGAGUCUCUAAAAAGUUGAGUAGAUGCUGGGUGUUGUAUGGCCCUAAAAGGGGGAUAUGGGUUAGGACACCAUGCUCCGAAAUAGCAGCACACAUGGUGAUAUUUCCUCCCCGUUGGCCUGGCAAAUCCACAGUAGCUCUGUGACCGAUGAUAUUCCGACCCCGCCUUCUGCAUUUGGUCAGUUUGAAGCCAGCCUCAUCCACGUAUACAAAGUUGUGAGAGGGUUCACUUGAUUCCAACUUCAUUAUACGCUAUAUCCCAGAACACACAGUUGAAUUUGUUUUGGUAAGGAAGAGUGACAUAAAAUGUACAUAUAUUGCAUGUUCCUUCCACAGCAAUGGAAAUGUGUGCAGUUUAUGCUUACUGUACUAUGUAACACUAUAAAAUGUUGCUGUAAAGUAGUUACAUAGAUAUAUGUUUUACCUGUACAUACUGGUACCGUAGCUCCUUAACUCUGUCCUCAUUCCUUUGGAAUGGUACACGGUACAGCUGUUUCAUACUCAUCUGGUUUCUAUGCAGCACCCUGUCGAUGGUUGAGAUGCUAACCGUAUGGAUGUUUUCAAAGACAUCGUUGUCUUCUAUAAUGGUCCUUUGUAUUUCCCUGAGUCUCAUGGCAUUGUUUGCUCGGACCAUGGUGAAAAUAGCCUCCUCCUGUUGAGGUGUGAAAAGGCGUCCUCUGCCACCGGUUUGAGGUAAUCUUGCAGUCCUAUGUGUGGAAAAAUGCAGUGAUGCAUCGCACACUUUCACAUAGACAAAAACUAUGCGAACACACAUUUUACUGUAAAACAUACAGGUGGGUGCAUGUAAGGUGCAGUAUGUAUCUGUAUAGAGUAUAUUUCUGUAUGCUGUGAAAUACAAGUGGACUACUGUAAUAUGAAGCAUUGUAGGAAGUAUACAGUAUACUGCUUAUAUACAGUAACAGUGCACUGUACAUUGGUGGACAUACCUGUUCUCUCUUCGAAACGUUUGUACUAUUGAGGACACGGUUGAUCUCCCAAUAUUCGGCUGCACCCUUCGACCCGCCUCAGCCAUUGUAAGGCCAUGAUUGACAACAUGGUCUACAAUAGUGGCCCUUAUGUCAUCAGAUAUGCGCCUAUGUCCUCUUCUGCCUCUUCCUCUGUUUUGCCUUCCACCACGCAUCCUUGCUCCUCUUCUUCCUCCUCUUGGCUGUUGACCCUGUUCGUUUCCUGGUCCAUCCAUUAUUGGAAAAUUGCAACUCUGUGUUGUGGUCUGUCUAUAUAUGCUUGCCAAUUGAUUCUUCAUGAGAUGCACCUUUGAGCAAUUUAGACAACUGGUUGAUUGUUGGUUGAACUAACACUUUACAUUCCUUCAUGAGUGAGGGUUAAUUUCACCUGCACGAUUCAGCAAUUUACGUUUUUGUACAAAAGGUCUAAUAGAAAUGUGUAAAACUAUGCUUGACAGUUUAUGACAAAUAGUUCAACAAUUUUGCAUGUAAUGGCUUAUGCAAGGAACUAAUGCCUAGAUGUUUUGAGGGGUAAGACUAUUCAACAGAGAACCAUCUACUAUAUUUUGAUCAACAUGACAUGAGCAAUUGAAAAUGUGGAAAAAAGCUGACACUUGUACAUUAUCAAUUGCAAUAUGUACAAAAGCAAUUGCAAUUUGUUCAAAGGAAUAAGAAAUUGCUUUAAUGAUGUGCACAAGUGACUAGAUGAUUUGGAAUUUGUACAAGUAGUAUCAAGAAUUGCACUUUUGAUCUAAGAAAUGCACCAAAGCGACUGAGAAAAACUGUAAGCAACAUUUUACUCCUGAACUUGUUUAGGCCUGCCAUUACUAAGGCAUUGAAUACUUCUUGACUCAAGACAUUUCAUCAUUUUUAAUUAAUUUGUAAACAUUUCUAAAAACAUUCCACUUUGACAUUAUGGGGUAUUGUGUGUAGGCCAUUGAUACAAAAAUCUAAAUUGCAUCAAUUUCAAAUUCAAGCUGUAACACAACAAAACGUGGAAAAAGUCAAGGUGUGUGAAUACUUUCUGAAGGCACCGUAUAUGACCCUGAAUCAGAGGUUAUGAGUUCAUAGAGGCUGCUUUGAAACUUUGCUCUUUGAGAGCUUAGAAAGGGUUGUUUUCUAUAGGGUCAGGUGACUGAAUAUUUCUGUGUCUUUCUAUGAUGUUUAUGAAUCAUUGUCAUAAUUUCAGUGCAGUAUUGCCUGGAGCCCAAAGUGGUUGAACCUGCCAAUGAGAUCAUCAAAGCAGAUCUGGGUGAGUAAACCACUAGAGAACGUGUGUGUGUGUUUGUGUGUGUGUUUGUGUGUGUGUUUGUGUGUGUGUGUGUGUGUGUGUGUGUGUGUGCGCGUGCGUGCGUGCGUGCGUGAGUUUAUUAUUUAUUUUCAUUCAUGAUCCAAAUAAAGAAUUCAAUGUUUGCCCCCUAGGUUCUUCCUUCAGUAAGAUGUGUCGGGUGUUUGUGCCGAGUGUGGGGAAUAAAUGUUGCACGGAUUUGAAUUGGAAAGCUAGCAAUAACUCCAUUUCCAAAAUUGUCUCAGAGCGCAUCUUUCAGGAAUCACAAAGGUAGGUUGAGACAACACAACAGUAUCGCAAUACACACUGUAAGAAUUCUACAAAUGUGUUGCUUUUUAACCAUUUUCAUGUAGACUUGAUUGUGUUUUUUUUUCACCUUUAUUUAACCAGGUAAACCAGUUGAGAACAAGUUCUCAUUUACAACUGCGACCUGGCCAAGAUAAAGCAAAGCAGUGCGAUAAAAACAACAACACAGAGUUACAUAUGGGGUAAAACAAAACAAAGUCAAAAAUACAACAGAAAUAAAUACAUAUACAGUGUGUGCAAAUGUAGCAAGUUAUGGAGGUAAGGCAAUAAAUAGGCUAUAGUGCAAAAUAAUUACAAUUAGUAUUAACACUGGAAUGAUAGAUGUGCAAGAGAUGAUGUGCAAAUAGAGAUACUGGGGUACAAAUGAGCAAAAUAAAUAACAAUAUAGGGAUGAGGUAGUUGGGCGGGCUAAUUUCAGAUGGGUUGUGUACAGGUGCAGUGAUCGGUAAGGUGCUCUGACAACUGAUGCUUAAAGUUAGUGAGGGAGAUAAGUGUGUUUUGGAUCAUUGUCUUGCUGCAUGACCCAGCUGCGCUUCAGCUUCAGCUCACAGACGGAUGGCAUGACAUUCUCCUGUAGAAUUCUCUGAUACAGAGCAGAAUUCAUGGUUCCUUCUAUUAAGUCAAGUCGUCCAGGUCCUGAGGCAGCAAAGCAUCCCCAAACCAUCACAAUACCACCACCAUGCUUGACUUACAGUAUGAGGUUCUUACUGUGUAAUGCAGUGUUUGCUUUUCGCCAGACAUAAUGGGACCCAUCUCAUCCAAAAAGUUGACUCAAGUUUGCCAAAAAGCACCUGAAUCAUCAAGACUCUUUGAAGAAUGUUCUAUGGACAGAUGAGUCAAAAGUAUAACUUUUUGGACGACAUGGGUCCCAUUACGUUCUACAGGAGAAUGUAAGGCCAUCUGUCUGUGAGCUGAAGCUGAAGCACAGCUGGGUCAUGCAGCAAGACAAUGAUCCAAAACACAUAUUCAAGUUUACUUGAAAAUGGUUAAAAAGCAACACAUUUGAAGUUUUGUAAUUUACUAGUCAAAGUCCAGACCUAAUUCCAAUUGAGAUGUUGUGGUAGGACUUGAAACUAGCAGUUCAUGCUUGAAAACCCAAAAAUGUUGCAUGCAAGAGUGGGCCAAAUUCCUCCACAGUGAUGUGAGAGACUGAUCAACAACUACAGGAAGCAUUUGGUUGCAGUCAUUGCAGCUAAAGGUGGCACAACCAGUUAUUGAGUGUAAGGGGGCAGUUACUUUUUCACACUUGCAUAACUUUGUUAAUUAAAUAAAUAAAAUAAGUAUAAUUUUUGGGUUUGUUAUUUGUACACUCAGGUUCCUUUAUCUAAUAUUAGGUUUUGGUUGAAGAUCUGAUAACAUUCAGUAUAAAAAAUAUGCAAAAAUAGAGAAAAUCAGAAAGGAGAAAAUACUUUUUCACGGCACUGUAUAUGCCUGUAUUCUGUGUCAUCCAGAUGGAUGUUCUACUGUAUAGUAUCUAAACUGUUGGUAUCGUAUCAGGUAUACCACUGAGAUUAAGAUAGGCUCCAUAUACCUUAAUACAUAGUGCUUGCUUUGAAACUUUGGAACUUCACAAAAUCAAAUCAAAUCACAUUUUAUUUGUCACAUGCGUCGAAUACAACAGGUGUAGACCUUACCGUGAAAUGCUUACUUACAAGCCCUUAACCAACAAUGCAGUUCAAGAAAUAGAGUUAAGAAAAUAUUUACUAAAUAAAAUAAAGUAAAAAAUCAAAUAAAAAGUAACAAUAAAAUAACAAUAACGAGGCUAAAUACAGGGUGUACCAGUACCAGGUCAAUCAGCGGGGGUACAGGUUAGUCGAAGUAAUUUGUACAUGUAGGUAGGGGUAAAGUGACUAUGCAUAGAUAAUAAACAGCGAGUAGCAGCAGUGUAAAAACAAAGGGAGGGCGGGGUGUCAAUGUAGAUAGUCCAGGUGGCCAUUUGAUUAAUGUUGACACAAAGGAACUUGAAACUCUCGACCAGCUCCACUACAGCCCUGUCGAUGUGAAUAGGAGCGUGUUUGGCCCUCCUUUUCCUGUAGUCCACGAUAGCUCCUUUGUCUUGAUCACGUUGAGGGAGAGGUUGUUGUCCUGGCACCACACUGCCAGGUCUCUGACCUCCUCCCUUUAGGCUGUCUCAUCGUUGUCGGUGAUCAGGCCUACCACUGUUGUGUCGUCAGCAAACUUAAUGAUGGUGUUGGAGUCGUGCUUGGCCACGCAGUCAUGGGUGAACAGGGAGUACAGGAGGGGACUAAGCAUGCACCCCUGAGGGGCCCCAGUGUUGAGGAUCAGCUUGGCAGAUGUGUUGUUGCCUACCCUUACCACCUGGGGGCGGCCCGUCAGGAAGUCCAAGAUCCAGUUGCAGAGGGAGGUGUUUAGUCCCAGGGUCCUUAGCUUAGUGAUGAACUUUGUAGGCACUAUGGUGUUGAACGCUGAACUGUAGUCAAUGAACAGCAUUCUCACAUAGGUGUUCCUUUUGUCCAGGUGGGAAAGGGCAGUGUGGAGUGCGAUUGAGAUUGCGUCAUCUGUUGAUCCAUGGGGGCGGUAUGCAAAUUGGAGUGGGUCUAGGGUUUCCGGGAUGAUGGUGUUGAUGUGAGCCAUGACCAGCCUUUCAAAGAACUUCAUGGCUACCGACGUGCUACGGGACGGUAGUCAUUUAGGCAGGUUACCUUCGCUUUUCUGGGCACAGGGACUAUGGUGGCCUGCUUGAAACAUGUAGGUGUUACAGACUUGCUCAGGGAAAGGUUGAAAAUGUCAGUGAAGACACUUGCCAGUUUGUCCAUGCAGGAUCUGAGUACACGUCCUGGUAAUCCGUCUGGCCCCGCGGCCUUGUGAAUGUUGACCUGUUUAAAGGCUACGGAGAGCGUGAUCACACAGUCGUCUGGAACAGCUGGUGCUCUCAUGCAUGCUUCAGUGUUGCUUGCCCCGAAGCGAGAAUAAAAGGCAUUUAGCCCAUCUAAUAGGCUCGCGUCACUGGGCAGCUCGCUGCUGGGUUUCCCUUUGUAAUCCGUAAUAGUUUGCAAGCCCUGCCACAUCUGACGAGUAUCAGAGCCGGUGUAGUAGGAUUCAAUCCUAGUCCUGUAUUGACGCUUUGCCUGUUUGAUGGUUAGUCUGAUGGCAUAGCGGGAUUUCUUCCAGUCUGUGCUAGCAAAACAGUGACAGCCAGUGACUGAUGUGGUGUACUCCUCAAUGCCAUCGGAAGAAUCCCGGAAGACAUUCCAGUCUGUGCUAGCAAAAUAGUCCUGUAGCUUAGCAUCUGCUUCAUCUGACCACUUUUUUAUUGACAGAGUCACUGGUGCUUCCUGCUUUAGUUUUUGCUUGAAAGCAGGAAUCAGCAGGAUAGAAUUAUGGUCAGAUUUGCCAAAUGGAGGGCGAAGGAGAGCUUUGUAUGCGUCACUGUGUGUGGAGUAAAUGUGGUCUAGGGUUUUUUUUCCCUCUGGUUGCAGAUGUGAUAUGCUGGUAGAAAUGAGGUAAAAUGGAUUUAAGUUUGCCUGCAUUAAAGUUCCUGGCCACUAGGAGCGCCGCUUCUGUCCUGCCGAUGCACGGAAAUCCAGCCAACUGUAUAUUAUCCGUGUCGUCGUUCAGCCACGACUUGGUGAAACAUAAGCUAUUACAGUUAUUAAUGUCCCGUUGGUAGGAUAGUCUAGAACGGAGCUCAUCCAGUUUAUUCUCCAGUGAUUGCACGUUGGCCAAUAGAACGGAAGGUAGAGGCGGGUUCCCCACUCGCCGAAUAAUUCUCACAAGGCACCCGAUCUCCGCCCCCUGUACCUCUGUCUUUUCUUCACACGAAUGACGGGAUUUGGGCCUGGUCUCGGAGAAACAGUAUAUCCCUUCUGUAAGACUCAUUAAAUAAAAAAAUCUUUGUGCAGUUCGAGGUGAAUAAUCACUGUUCUGAUAUCCAGAAACUAUUUUCGGUCAUAAGAGACGGUAGCAGCAACAUUAUGUACAAAAAAGGUUACAAACAAUGGAAAAAACCACACAAAAUAGCACAGUUGGUUAGGAGCCUGUAAAACGGCACCCAUCCCCUCAGGCGCCAAUAACAGUGUAUGUUAUGUUAACUGUUGCCAUGAUGGUUUGAUUGUGCGUUCACAAGGGGGAACUUGUCUGUCUCCCCCCCAGAGCAGGGAGUGGAGAGAAGAAGAGGAGGAGGGUGUAUGGUUGGAGCGUCAUUUGAAUUUCUUGAUGGUGGAAGAGGAAGACUUUUACAUCAACUACACGUGUUUGGUUUCCAGUGAAAGAGGCAUUUCUUUAGCCUUCUUCAUACUACAGCCUACAGGUUAGACAAUACUGUCUGGAGGAUAACAUAAAGGUGUUUCAAAAGAGAUCACACACAUAUUAUCCUGUCCCUUUACCCUUGUUUUGAUAGUGUUUUAUAACAACUGCAACCUCACCACUUUUGAAAAAACUGUUAUAAAUGCUAUCUUCUCUCUUUUUCUGCACAGAUCCAAACUACCUGCUCCCUAUUGGGGUACUACUGACCAGUGCUGUCGCUCAGGAGGAUGUUCCCGCUUCUCUACACAAACACAGGUACGCAAUGAGAGACACUUUACCGCACAUAUACUGCGCAAGCACACUCAUGGAAACAUUAAUAGAAACAUGCCUGAGCGCGCACACGCAGACAUGCACACACUCAUGCACACACACACACUAUCUGCAGACUCAUUGCAUACUGUGCUUUCACGAAAUGGAAACUCGCACUAACAUAAAUAUACAUUCCUACACCAGAUACAGACAGAAAUGCACAUACAGCAUGUCUCCCCACAAACCCCCAGGCCCACACUUAAACCCACACACACACGCAUGUUGCAUUGCUUGUGUUAGGUUCUGAACAAACUGAGUAAAAACUCAAAUGGACAACUAGAAAAAGCUCAAACAAAGUUUAUUCACCCACUGGGUCAUACAGCUGCAAAGACAAAGAUGUUUACACAAUCACAUAUAUUUAUACCUUCCUACUAGGCGGAGUCAACCCCUUGCAUAUCUAGACAGCCAAUACAUCUCUGUUGCUAGUCAGGAACGUAUUUGGUUCCUCUCAUUGGUGUAGCCUCCUGCUAGAACCUUCAUGGGCAUGGAAAUAUACAGUUGAAGUUGGAAGUUUACAUACAGUUAUUAAAACUUGUUUUUCAACCACUCCACAAAUUUCUUUUUAACAAACUAUAGUUUUGGCAAGUCGGUUAGGACAUCUACUUUGUGCAUGACACAAGUAAUUUUUCCAACAAUUGUUUACAGACAGAUUAUUUCACAUAUAAUUCACAGCAAUUCCAGUGGGUCAGAAGUCUACAUACACUAAGUUGACUGUGCCUUUAAAGUUGGCUUGCAAGCUGAAGAACACCAUCCCAACUGUGAAGCACGGGGGUGGCAGCAUCAUGCUGUGAGGGUGCUUUGCUGCAGGAGGGACUGGUGCACUUCACAAAGUAGAUAGCAUCAUGAGGAAGGAAAAUUAUGUGAAUGUAUUGAAGCAACAUCUUAAGACAUCAGUCAGGAAGUUUAAGCUUGGUCGCAAAUGGGUCUUCCAAAUGGACAAUGACCCCAAGCAUACUUCCAAAGUUGUGGCAAAAUGGCUUAAGGACAACAACGUCAAGGAAUUGGAGUGGCCACCACAAAGCCCUGACCUCAAUCCUAUAGAACAUUAUGGGCAGAACUGAAAAAGCGUGUGCGAGCAAGGAGGCCUCUUACACCAGCUCUGUCAGGAGGAAUGGACCAAAAGUCAUCCAACUUAUUGUGGGAAGCUUGUGGAAGGCUACCCGAAACGUUUGACCCAAGUUAAACAAUUUAAAGGCAAUGCUACCAAAUACGAAUUGAGUGUAUGUAAACUUCUGACCCACUGGGAAUGUGAUGAAAUAAAUAAAAGCUGAAUAAAUCAUUCUCUUUACUAUUAUUCUGACAUUUCACAUUCUUAAAAUAAAGUGGUGAUCCUAACUGACCUAAGACAGGGAAUUUUUACUAGGAUUAAAUGUCAGGAAUUGUGAAAAACUGAGUUUAAAUGUAUUUGGCUAAGGGGUAUGUAAACUUCCGACUUCAACUGUAUGUGUGUGACAGGACUGACUGUUCCUCCUCACUUCAUCUGACCUGACCUCGGGCCGAAUUCCUCACUCCUCCCUACUCCACGGCUGUCCUACCUUAGCAGUGACUGAAACCAGACUGUUGCCCUUUGCCUCUCUCCAUAGGGUACAUGAGAUUUAAGAAUAACAUUUUCCAACAGAAUGUAAGCUCUGCACUCCCCUUUCUCACUCAGUAACUUUCCAUACACCCGGUUCUAAUAUGGUAACAUGAAUAAGUAUAUUCCAAGCUAGAAUCCAACACUUGUUUCCCACUCCCCACCUGACCACAAGUAAAAUCAGUAGCAAGUGUAGCAAUGUAUUGUAGCACAUCCCACAGCUAUGCAAGCACAGCAUUUUCCAUGACUCAGAGGAAACAGAGAGGAAGUUUGAUACAAGGCACUAAAUAGGCCAUGUAACCAUAAAACACAAGCAACUAUGGUGUCAUAAAUAACCAAGCCUCCUCUGUUAGGCAGGUUUGUGGAGGCUUUUGCUCUAGCCCAGCACUAACACAUCUAUUUUGUUUUACCUGUCCCUAUCCUGCAUGUGGCAGACUCUGAUGGGAAGUUGUAUGAUGCGUACGUGGCAUACCCCCGUCUGUUUGGGGAUGGGGGCGGAGCCUGUGGGGAGGCAGAGAUGUUUGCCCUCCACAUGUUGCCCCAGGUUCUGGAGGGGAGGUGUGGCUACAGGCUGUUCAUACUGGGCCGGGACAGCCUACCAGGGGAAGGUAUGACAUCUCAGCUCGACCCUGAGGCUCCAGGUUCCAGAAGACUAAGUUAGCCUUGGCAUUAGUACAUAAGUAGCAUGAUGAUGAAAUAUGUGAAACCUUUCUGAAACCAUUUCAAUGGUAGAACAAUGUUUUAAUAACAAUUUUCCCUGCUCCCUGACCCCCUCUUCUCCUCCCUCCUCCCUUUCCCCCACUUCUCCUCCCUCCUCUCUCCUCCCUUUCCCCCUCUUCUCCUCCCUCCUCCCUCUCUAGCCAUAGUAGAUGCAGUGGAGGAGAGCAUGCUGGCAAGCCGGCGUCUCCUCCUGGUCUACUCUGGCUCUACGUUCUGCAGUGGAAGCCACAGUGACAGCAGCAGUGGUGUCCUGGAGGCCUGGCAGAUUUUCGAGAGGCAGACGGCCAUGCACCGUGCCCUGUUGGAGGGCUCCCUUAAGGUGGUCCUUGUGGAGCUGGAGGAGGUCUCCCCCACACAGCUGACCCUCUUCCCCGAGUCGGUGCGCCACCUCCGGGAGCGCCAGGGCGCCGUCUGCUGGUGGAAGAGUAGCAGAGGGUUGAGGUGUGGGAGGUGGGGAGAAGAGGAGGAGGUGGAGGAGAAGAGAGGGAAGCUGGCUUCGUCCCCUCUCUCCUCACCCUCUCUUUCCUUGUCCACACGCUUCUGGAAGGAACUGAGGUAUUAUAUGCCAGUGAGGGGCACGAGGACGAGGUGA